UUUGAAACUUUUUUUUUUACGAGGAGGAGGAGGACUCGGAUUACAACUAACUCUUGUAACCGAUCUCACAGCAGCAGCCGAAGGAGAAGAAAACAACUCUCUCAAUAAUUUACACAUCUGUGCCCUGGUACACGGUUACAGAACAAGAAGUGGCUGCGAGGCGAGGACGUGUUGCCUUUAUCGCGGAGCUCCCAACAAAACAAGCGAACAAACACAAACAUGCUGUGAAGAGACUUUUCCCAGCUGCUGCUGCUGCCAGGAUGGAGACUUAAAGAUUUGGUUCACGUUAACUUGUCGUCUUGUUGCUGGCUGUGGCCGCCCCUGAGGUGAGAGGAAGCGUGACUCAGACCUGACCAUGGACUCCUUCAGCACUAAGAGUUUAGCCCUGCAGGCACAGAAGAAGCUGAUGAGCAAGAUGGCCACCAAGAGCGUGGCCAACCUCUUCAUCGACGACACCAGCAGCGAGGUGCUUGACGAGCUGUACCGCGUCACCAAGGAGUACACCCGCAACCGCAAAGAGUCCCAGAAGAUCAUCAAAAACUUGAUCAAGAUGGUGGUGAAGCUGGGGGUGCUCUACAGAAACAACCAGUUCAACGGCGAGGAGCUGAUUCUGGUGGAGAACUUCAGGAAGAAAGUCCACACUCUGGCCAUGACGGCAGUCAGUUUCCACCAGAUCGAGUUCACCUUUGACCGCCGCGUCAUGAGCGCCAUUUUGAAUGAUUGCCGUGAGCUGCUACACCAGGCCAUCAAACGCCACCUGACAGCCAAGAGCCACUCGCGAGUCAACCACGUGUUCAAUCACUUUGCCGACUGCGACUUCCUUGCGGCUCUCUACGGGCCCACGGAGGUUUAUCGCGGCCACCUGCAGAGGAUCUGCAACGGGGUGAACAAGAUGCUUGACGAAGGGAACCUCUGACCUCCCCUGGCCUUCUUAUCGGGCACCUUUUACCUCCAGUCACCCCUCAUGCAAUCCUGCAAGAUAUUUUUUUUUUUAAGGUGACAAUCAUGAAUGCUUUGUGUUUGUGCGUGCCUUUCAGCCGUUACUGUAACACUGAAAUUAUCUCGGCUAGUUAGUCCAAAGUGUGUUUGUUCUCCAGUCUGACUUUUUGUUAUUCCACAGCAAACAAAAACCAGCAGAUGUUCUUGUUAAAUGAAUGUAAAACUUCAUGCUCUUAUCAGUAUAUUCAGGGAUAGGAGCCUUGACAACUGUGCCUUAAAAAACACAUUUCUAACUUCAUUUCAAGGGCACGAUGUUUGCUCUCCUACUAAAUCAAAAAGACAUGAAUCAGGCACAGGCCUUCAGUCAUAUCUCUGUAAGGAGCUUUUAAUGGACCAAAAUGGUUUGGGGAGCACCAAGAGAGGAAAGAAAGUGAAUUUUUCUCUUUUCCAAAUACCCAAGGACAUAAAGACGUGAUUUUUUUUCUUUUUGUUUAUUUUUUCUAAAAGUAGUAUUGCACUCAAUCCAGAACAAGCGCUGUACUGUACUUUCCCGCAAUAAUGAAACCAUGUGAAGCACAGCAGUCAAGUAAUCCUGCUUAGCCUGCAUUUCACCAUCAUGCACUGAACUCCACUUUGAGGAGAGGCCAGGCCUUUUUGUUUCGAAGGCACCUAUAAACCCAGUUUUGUUUUUAAUAGUCUGGUUUAUAGCCACCACAACAAAGAUGAAGUAUUUGGGUCAUCGGGGGCCGUAAACAUGAAGGAAUGUGUGCUGUGUAUUGUCGAACGUGUUUGCUGACUGCACGCUCAUCUGCUCAGAAAACAUGCAACUUUUGUAUCUAUAAAUGUCAUAAUCGCAGCAGGGGCAGCACAAUGUGACACUAUCCUUAAAGGUUGCUCUGGCAUUUUGUCGGAGAGGACUAAAGAGCGAUCACAGUCGGAACUACUCGUCAUAAUGGAUGUUUGAGCCCGGGGUCAGCUGUGUUUCAGAUUUAUCGGCGUUGCCUCAGGUUUAUCCAAAAAGCACUAAAACUGUGGUUUGAAUUCUGACAGAUUUGAACUAAAAAGACUCCCCAUGAGCAUUCAGAUGAAAGGCUGGACGAAAAACUGCAGCUCCGUGUCUAUGAAAAGGGCCAGGCAGGGUAUAGAGAUUAGAGCAGAGACAAACACAGUACCUGAUUGUACUCUGCCACUGCAAUUACAGCUCCCCACUCUGGGGUGGUAUAAUGGCCCAGAGCCUGCCUCCAUCGAGCAGCCACUCCAUUUCACCAGUGCAGCCUCAUGUAAUGUGAUGGAGAUAACCAUCUCUCUUUGCGCAACGCAAGUCCUUUAAUGGAGUGAAAGAUGUUGUUGUGUUUCUUUCUUAUAAAGGAGAAUAUGAAUAGUUACUACUAUCCCUCCCGAACCUCACAUAAUAGCUGUCUUUCCCUCUCUGUCUAUGUGUUUUUGUAUCACUGAGCCUGUCUGGGAGAUUGUUUUGUGCUGCGGCCUCAUUUUGUAUUCUGUGUGUGAGUGUGUGUGUGUGAGCGUGUUUGUGUGCGUACCUGUGAGAGAAUUGGAAAUUGAGCCGUGUAAUAAGCGCUGUGCUUUUUCCAGAUAGGAUUGCUGAAACUUUAACUUCAUCCACAGCAGCUCUGCCAAAGAAACGAAGACUGAUGUUACUCAAAAUACAGUCUUUUUUUUCCAGAGGAACCUUUUCAAGAAACACUACAUGCACUUGAUAAUUGCAACACCCGUAAAGGUGAUAAUGAAUACAAAGAUGGUGGCUGUUGUGGUUUCGCCUUUUCAAUUCUUAGAUGACUUCCCUGAGUGUACCCUGGUUUGUUGGACCCAUUUGACUCUGACUGCAUCAUUUGGGAGGCUUUGAGGUAAAUCCUCGUUCCUAAGUCUCCCACAACAGUUGACUUUAAUUGUCUCUGGAUGCCAUUUUCUUCAGUCCCUCCACAUCUCAGGGUUGGUUUAAAUCUCCCUCAGUUUAAAACCCAUGACACACUAAGUAGAAAUGGCCACAAACCUCUGCAGCCGCCCCACUUAUUUCACUGAAGCCCUCAAACUAAGCAUACUUAUCAAGUUGCAUUUUUACUAUUGUGAAUUGUGAAAUGUUUUUAUUUUCACUUGUGUACAUAUGAUUGUUUUUGUGUCUGUAUUGUAUCCACACAC